GUUGGGAACAUCCUCAUCAUUUUACUAGUUGCCACUGACCGACACCUUCACACCCCAAUGUACUUCUUCCUUGGAAACCUCUCAUGCUUGGAAACCUGCUGCAGCUCAAACAUCUUGCCAAGAAUGUUAUCCAGUUUCCUUACAGGAAGAAAAGUGAUUUCAGUCAAUGCAUGUUUUGUGCAACAUUACUUCUUCGGGUUUUUUGGAGGUGUGGAAUGCUACUUAUUAUCAGCAAUGUCCUAUGACCGGUACUUAGCUAUAUGUAAACCUCUCCAUUAUGCCACCAUGAUGAAUGGCAAAUUGUGUUUCCAACUCAUAGUCAGCUCUUGGUUUAGUGGUUUUCUGUCAAUUACUAUGACAACGAUUAUCAUGUCCAAGUUAGUUUUCUGUGGUGACAAUAAAAUUGACCAUUUCUUUUGUGACACCUUCCCCAUCAUAGAACUAUUUUGUGGUGACAUGAGCACGUUAAAGUGGUAUAUAUAUGUUUUAUGUUCUAUAUUCACCUUUCCCCCAUCUAUAUUGACCUUCACAUCAUACACUUUCAUAAUUGUAGCCAUAAUGAAAAUCCCUUCUGCAACUGGAAAACAAAAAGCAUUUUCUACCUGUUCCUCUCAUCUCCUGGUAGUUACAAUUUUCUAUGGCACACUGAUGGCUGUCUAUGUGAUUCCGAACACUGACAGACUGAAUGCCCUUCACAAAGUCUUCUCUAUCUGUUAUACUGUCCUGACUCCCAUGAUCAAUCCCAUCAUAUACAGUUUGAGAAAUAAAGAAGUAAAGGAAGCAUUGAGAAGACAUAUCUCAUUCCUAGUUGUGCAAAAUGAGAAGAAAAGACAGACUUAA